UCUUCCGCUUGUCUGUUGAGGAGCUGGGCUCGAGUCUGCGGUGUGGUGCGUGUCGCAGCUGGUGAGGGACGUUAGGCUGUGAGCACGCGGCCACCGCUCGUCGUCAGUCAGCCUUUCCUGGCGCGCGACCACCAGCUGACAUUACAUUCCCCCCCCCUACCCUCCCCAUCACCAGCUGGUCAUCCCCACCUCCUCCACCUUUUCACCACCAGCCAAGCGAGGGAUAGGGGGGGAGGUGUCCGUCACCUCCCCACUGCGGUUAACGCUCCCGUUUCGCCUAUUUUGAGUCGCCGGGGGGCAACUGUUUUUUCAAAAGCGAAACAUUUUAGUUAAGAAAGCCCCGCCGUCGUAAUGUUCCGGGCGGUGACUCCCGCUCUCGUCCUGCGAGAACUGCUGGAGACCAGUCUGAGACCGGCGGGCAGACGCCACCGCGGCGCCCUGGCCAGCGGUUUCGCCGCCGGCGUGUGGGAGUCGCGCCUGUCGCUGUCCCUUCAGCAGCUGCUGCUCCACCGCCACCAGCACCAAGGUCACCGGCAGCAGCUUCGAGCCGCCUACUGCAGGAGUAGCAAAUCCGAGGGAGCACUGACUGAGGAAAGCGCAGCCAAAGUACUGGCCUCGACCGGCAACUUGGUUCCAGAGAAAAAAAGACUUAAAGCAGGUCUCUUGCCCAGUCUUGAAGAUCUACUUUUUUACACGAUUGCUGAAGGGCAGGAGAAGAUUCCAAUACAUAAAUUCAUUACUGUUCUGAAAUCCACAGGACUGCGUACGUCAGAUCCUCGACUGAAAGAAUGCAUGGAUAUGCUUAGAACAAAUGUGCAGGCUGCGUCUGAUGGUGUAAUGCUGGACAAAGAACUUUUUAAAAAGUGUGUUGGAAGCAAUAUUGUACUGCUCACGCAAGCAUUUAGGAGGAAAUUUGUCAUUCCAGAUUUUGAAAUAUUUGCAUCCCAUAUAGAUGGUCUUCAUGAGAGUGCCAAAAAAAUGUCAGGAGGAAAGGUUGCUGAUUAUAUUCCACAGCUGGCUAAAUUUAGUCCAGAUUUGUGGGGUGUGUCAUUGUGCACAGUUGAUGGACAAAGCUCAACUGUGGUUGGAAAAGUUACUUUUUGUGAAAUACAAGUAGUUAGAUUCGCAGUUUUCCACUUAAAGCACUCUGUUGGAGACACCAAAGUUCCCUUUUGUCUUCAGUCCUGUGUGAAACCAUUAAAAUAUGCAAUUUCUGUUCAUGACCUUGGGACAGAUUACGUUCACAAAUAUGUUGGUAAAGAGCCCAGUGGAUUGCGGUUCAACAAAUUGUUCCUAAACGAAGAAGAUAAACCCCAUAAUCCUAUGGUAAAUGCUGGGGCUAUUGUGGUAACAUCCCUUAUUAAGCAAGGAGUAAGCAAUGCUGAGAAAUUUGAUUAUGUCACACAGUUCUUGAAUCGGAUGGCUGGGAAUGAAUACGUUGGCUUCAAUAAUGCCACGUUUCAGUCUGAAAGAGAAUCAGGAGACAGAAAUUUUGCUAUUGGAUACUACCUCAAGGAGAAGAAGUGUUUUCCAGAAGGAAGUGACAUGACUGGUGUCCUAGAUUUCUACUUCCAAUUGUGUUCCAUUGAAGUAACGUGUGAAUCAGCUAGUGUAAUGGCAGCAACACUUGCCAAUGGUGGUAUCUGUCCAAUAACAGGCGAGAGAGUUCUAAGCCCUGAAGCAGUUAGGAACACAUUAAGUUUGAUGCACUCCUGUGGCAUGUAUGACUUCUCGGGACAGUUUGCCUUUCAUGUGGGUCUUCCAGCAAAAUCCGGAGUUUCUGGUGGUAUUUUGUUGGUUGUGCCCAAUGUGAUGGGCAUUAUGUGUUGGUCUCCACCUUUGGAUAAACUUGGCAACAGUGUAAAGGGUAUUCAGUUCUGCCAGGAUCUUGUUUCUCUGUUUAACUUCCAUAAUUAUGACAACCUGAGACACUUCGCAAAGAAGCAUGAUCCUCGUAGGGAAGGUGGUGAAGUGCGGCCUGUCUUCGGAUCAAUGGAUUAUGAAAACCUCCAGAAAGAGCUUGCACUUAAUGGGACUCUUUGGAAAAAAGUAUCACCUGAAUCAAAUGAGGAGGACUCUUCCACUACUGUAGUUUAUAGAAUGUAAAGUUUUGGUGUACAGAACAAUCAAUAGCAGUUGGAUUCGAUUUUUGUGAUCUUGCAAAUGUGGAAGGACUGUAGUUCUUUCUGAAACUCAUGUUAACAUUUUGAGGUUUUUUUUUGUAUUUACAUCUGACUUUGCUUGCAUAAUUUGACAGCUGCUCCAGCUGCCAUGAAUGUUAUUAAUGCAUCUUCUCAAAACUCGCUAGCGUCAUACUGUCUUUUGUGUGAAGAACCUUUUUUCUAAUGUUCAGCAUAUCAUUUUCCUUUACUUUUUUGCUUGUUUGUCUUGUGGAACUGUUCCGGCCAUUUGUAGCAAGAAAAGCCUCUUCAUGGCUUCUCGCCUCUCCUGUGCACUGUGACCACGGAAGUAUUUCAAGCUCAUUUUAGGCUCAGUCCAUGUUACCUGCUGCUGUUUGACAUCAUUGUCACCAGAAGGCCAUGUAAUUGAGUUGCAUAUGUGUUUGCAACAACCUAGGUUUGUCACCCCUCGCCCUUCUAAUAGCUUGUAUUGAGGCCUCGGCAAUACAGAUACCAGUCCUCAGCCAAUUCAAGAAAGUGCUGAAGGCAUGGAUACAAUGAAGGGCUAAGGGCAGUAGUAAUGCCAGGGUGUAAUUUGAAGAUCUAUGCUCAAAUGCCCUUACCCCACAAUUAAACUGUUCUGGUCACUUGGUGUUGGCACGUGUCUGACAAAAUGGAAAAUUACUUAUGGGUGUAUUGGCCAAAUAGAAAUUGCACAUUGCCAUCAGUCAACUUUGUCACCAGCACAGUGAUAUGUUGUCACCACUAGUGCUAUCAAGUGGUACUUAGUCACCAAUAAUCUGUUCAAAGUUCAGUUAGAGUUCCACUAUACCUGUUCUACUCCAGACUUCAUUAUUGCCUUGCUCCAAAUAUGGACAAAAGAGCCAAACGCAGGAGGUAAUCUGAAUAUGACUGCAUUUGAUAUCAAAGCUGUAUUUGACUCGGGGGAUUCAACUAACUCUCUGGCAAAGCUGAAAUCACUGGGAAUUGGUGGGGGAAGAAAACUCAUGGCCAAUUUGGAGUCAUACUUGGCACAACGAUAGUUACUUUUGGUCUUGAGAUCAAUCAUCUUAGUCCAAGGAAAUCACAGCAGGCAUAUUUUUUCUGCUGCUUAAUCAAUGAUCUUUCCUUUACCAUUGUGCUAGAAAUACAGGUAUGUAUUCAUGACAGUACAGAAUAUAAUGACUCCAAAUAUUGGAAGCGUGCACACUACAGAAAAGACCUUGACAUCAUUCGGUCUUGGGCUGAUAACUGGCAAGCAAUGCAAGUGUCACAUAAGUACUGGGCAGUGACUAUUUCUGACAAAAGAGAACCUCACUAUCUCUUGACACUUGGCAAUAUUGCCAUUAUUAAAAUGUCCCACCAAUUCGGUAAGCUACAACUAACCAGGAAUGAACUAGACCAACCAUAAAAUGUCUACGAGAGCAGGUCAGAUUCUGAGAAUAAAUAUCUUUUUUUUUCCCCAAAUUUGUCCACCAUCUACAAGGCACCAGUUAAGAGUGUGAAAACAUACUUUCCACUUACAUCCAUGAGGCACUCAAGAAGCUCUGCACGAUCAAGGAUAAUGCAAACUGCCUGAUUAUCAGCCAAUCCAGCACCUUAAAAUUCACACGCACUGUUGGCUCACAUUGCUAAUGUUGUGUAUCAUUUUCGAGAGACACUUCAGUCACCCCUUCCAAACCAUGACCUCGCCAUUGCAGAGGUGUUGAAACACCCUCACCUAAAGUUCCCCUCCCAGACAUACAUACUUGAAAUUUUAUUGUACAUGCUCUUAGCAGUUCAAAAAUCUGGAAAUCUCUUCCUAACAGCGUUGCAGGUUACACAUUCUCUCCCCACCCCCCAUGGGUUGCAGCAGUUCAAGAAGGUGGUUCGCUACUAUUUUGGAGUAAGGCAACAAGUGCUGGCCUUGCAGUGAUGUUCACAUCUAGCCAUAAAUCAAAACAGAACUCCAUUCAGAUUGCUUGCUUAGCAUCCAUCCUUGGAUGAGCCAAAACUCUCAUCAAUGAAACAUUGGAAUGAACAAAGACGUUGUCUUUGGACCUCACCGCACACCCUGCUUCUUUUUGCCACUCUUUCCAGCUUUCUUCCAGACCUUUGUAUGUUGAACCAAACACUUCAAAUCUUGAUGCUUUAUUUGAUACAUGUUUAGUUUCUGAUCUGUACCCAGCCCUUCUCAAAUAUAUUGUCUGUGUUCUAGCCGUGGCAUAUGUGGUGCUGACAGCAUCUGCUCUGAUUUUGUUAUCUCCAGACUUGACUAUUCCAAUUCUGUCUUGACUGACCUCCCAAAUCAAGGCCUCUAACUUUGAGUUAAUUCACAACCCUAUAAAUGUUUGAAACUUGCACCUUCAAUCUUGUACACUGAUUUAUAUUGGCUUACAGUCCACCAACACCUUGACUUCUAAAAUUCUCAUCCUUAUGUUCAAAUCUUCUCAUAGCCUUGUAUAUCUCUUUCUCAUCUGGACCAACCUUCCAAGAAUCUCUAUGCCUCCAUUAUUGUGACUCUUGUGAAUUUCCAUUGGCCAUCAUACAUUCUGCUGUUUUUAGUCUCCAAUGUCUGCUAUACCCUCCUGGAGUAAUUGCCUUCCAUCUCCUUCAUGCUCUUGCUUCUAUUAAGAAGCUCCUUUAAAAUUAAUCUUAUUAACUCAUGGUUUAGUGCCCAUCGUAAUAUUAUUGGCUAUGGGUUAUGUCAUUUACUUCUUUGAUUAUGCUGCUAUAUUGCAUUUUGGGAUGUUUUCUUAAGUUAAAGAUGCUGUGUACGCGCAAGAUGCUGAUGGUGACCCUUGCAGUCUGAACAUUAUUGACAUGUAGAAAGGAAAUGCGAAGAUAUCUUGGUGGAGCAUACAGUUGUUUGCUUUUUUUUAAUGUGGAGUGUUUCACUCCUUCAGUUGCCCUUCUGGCCCUCACCUAGAUGUUGGUAGUGGCUGUUGCCUUCAUGAAGCUGAAAAAUGAGUGCCUCUUCCAAUUUAUGGCUUUCCUGGCUUCAGUUUUGUGAAUAAAAGGACUGAAGUCUAGUACAAGAAUUAAAAUUGAAUCCUGGAUAGAGCAAUAUUCUGUAACUGCACGUGUGGACGUAGGGUUAGUUGAAUGGAUUUUAGGAGAAGGCAAGUUGCAUUGCUUUGAACUGAUUAUUCUAUCACAUUCCUAGUCAUACAGCACAGAAACAGACCCUUUUGGUCCAACUCAUUCAUGCUGACCAAGCUUCCAAAGCUUAAACUAGUCCCAUGUCCCUGCAUUUGGCCCACAUCACUUUAAACUUCUUGUUCAUGUACCUGUCAAAAUAUCUUAAAUGUUGCAACUGUACCUGUAUCUACCACUUCCUCUGCAAUUUAUUCCAUAUAUGCGCCAUCCUCUGUGUUCAAAGGUUGCUGCUCAGAUCCCUUUUGUCGGAUGCUGUUUUGUAAGAUAUUAAACCAGUUGAGGACCACCAAAAUUAUUACAUUGUCAUGUCUAUACCAGUGUAGCACAUCUCACUUUUUGAGUUUUCAACUUCAGUGGCAGACACAUAAUGUGAAGUAGAGUUGUCUCUUAUGAUGUCUGCAUUAGUCAUAUAUUGCUAGAUGUAUGUGGACAACUCUAAUCCAUGCAUUACGUUUAUAUACAUUCAAGGAAAGAAGCAGAUUGAAGAUCUAUCUUACCAGACGUUUGAUUUCCAGAAAAUUAAUUAUUAUUGAUAGUUGUAAUAGUUGUUAAUUCAACUGUUGUACUUGUAUUAUAGGAUUAGUCUAGAAUGUUGCAGUUAUCUGAAACCACUGCAUUCACUAAUUCUAAUAUCAAUCUAAAUAUUAGAUUGCUGUGAGCUAUAAAUGCAAUAUUUUAAAUGAGGAUAGACAGCUCAUUUGGAAUGAUGGCAAUGAACUGCUCCUAUAGCUUUGCAAAUGGAUAAUCUGGAUUGAUUAGUUGGAACUGGGGUAUAGAUCAACUAUGAUCCAUUAAAAUUAUGAAAACAGACUUGAUGAGUUGAACGACUUCUCCUAUGCUGCUCUUUUGCUGAUUUGGAUUAUGUGGUACACUCAUCUAGCCUUAAGUAGAAAGUUAUAAUAUAAAAUUUGGUUUUGGCUCAUUAAAGUUAAAGAAAUGGUGGUGGGUUAGUCACCAAUCUUUUGUUUAGAAAAAAUCAUUCCUGUUUGUUUUGGCCUGCACUUAUAUCAAGAUUGAGGUAGCAUGACAAGGUUGUGUUAUUAGACAAUAUUGACACACUUUCUGGAUUAUGCCAAAGUUAGCUUGAUUACUACUUCUAAUUUCAAAAUCAGAAAUUUUUUUCCAAUUCUCUUGGAUUAAUGAAAACCUAAUAUAAAAAAAUGCAUGAAUACUUGAGCAUCAAGCUCCAUUAUCACUAGGGUAGAAUUCUUAUUUAAAUAUGUAAUUUGCUUUCUUAAAAAGAAAUUGGACUAGGAAGAAUAAUAUAUUUGCUUUCAGACUUGGUAAUAUUCUGUUUCUAGAGUUGAAGAGAUUGAUGUAACUAUUUUGCGUUGGCAAUAUAUUCUAAUUUUAGAAUACCAAAGAUGAUGUGACCUCUUUUCAUCUGUGGACCAAAUGUAAACAUUAAUUGUUAUGUAAAUACUGCUAAACACUUUUGGAAACCAAAGCUCACGAGUUGGUAAGGGAAGUCAGUAAUGUUUUAGCCCAUGAGGAGAAAAAGGAAAAAUUUUUGGAAUAUCUUUCAGCUUACCAAAAUCAGAAUGCACUUGCAUUGCCCAGCAAAAUAUUCUUUCAAGGUAUCAGAUAGGCCUAAUUUAAAUGUGCAAAUAAUCAGUUUUCUUCAAAAUUGAGAUUUUGAGUAAAUAAAUCUAUUUAUGUAAUUGUCUUUUCCAGAAGUCUAACACAUCAAUUGUGCUACAAGUUGAAUUGUUUUUUUUCAUUGUCUCAAAACCUGUGCGGACACAGGUUCAGUCACAACCCAGUGUUUCAAUUCUUGCAUCAAUGUUAAUAGUUUAAAAACGUGCAACGCUGCAUUCGAAGCUUGUUCCAUUAAUCUGUAUUGUUACAUGGCGAUAUGCACUUUUAUCAUCCUAGAAUAACCCAGGUAUUUUCUCUACAUUUGUUACAUCAGUUGACUUGCUGUUAUUGUAUUGUAAAGCAGUUGGAGUGCUGUUACUAUCUUUCUAAUACCUGGUUAGAUAACUUAACUUAAAAUGGCUGUUUUAAAGAUUUAUUUAAUACAUCUCAAACAGUGGAUUAUCUACAGGUCUGAAGGACAAAAAAAGUACAAUUGCACAAUAGCUAAAACAUGUUGCAGGAUGUCAAAUCUUCACUAUAAAUUUUGUAUAUAGUGUUUUGUAUUUACUGUUCAUUUUCAGUACCUUUUUUUCUGUUUGCAUCUUUGUAUUUCAUUGCAUUUGUUUUAUAUUUCUUGACAAUGAUCAACAUUUAGCUUUUAUUUGCUUAU